AUGGACCAAAGUUAUACACUUGUAGCGCCGGAUGGUGGAUUUGGUUACGUCGUUCUAAUCGCUGUUAUUAUUAACUGGUCAAUUUUGGGUACACAUAUAAAUUGCUUUGGUAUAAUAUACAGUGGUUUCUUCCAAGAACUGAAAAUGAGUUCUGCCAACGUCACUGUUCUCGCUGGUGUGUCAGCUAUGAUUUCGGCAAUUGGUGGAUUCGUAACAGCGCCAUUACUGAAAUUCCUAAGUAAAAGAAAAACUCUCCUCCUAGGCACUUUUCUAUACAACUGCGGGCUUUUAGGUACAGCGUUUUCAGAAUCUAAAAUUAUAUUUUACAUAUCUCAAGGGAUAAUUGUAAAUGCAGGAUACGGUAUAAUGUAUAACAUAUCCAAUACAAUCAUCAACGAAUACUUUAUAAAUAAACGAAUUAUAGCAAUUGGGUUCGCGCAAACGAUUGUUGCAUUCGUGGCCUUUGUGGAACCUCAGAUCUUCAAGUGGACCACAGAAUGGUAUGGCCAUAGAGGUACCAUGAUAUUUAUCUGCGCGCUAUCCGUUCAUGCCUUUGCGGCUGGCAUGUUAAUGCAACCUGUGGCAUGGCACAUGAAGAAAGUUCCGGUACCUCGAAAGACAGAAAUGAAAACGCUACUAAAUGAAAAUACAGAAAUAUCUCAAACGCCAGAGACAGUGAGCGCGGAUAUUAAAGAAAAGGAGAGAUUAGUAACCCGUUUGAAGAAUUUGAUCGACAUGGAAGUAGUAAAGUCAUAUACUUUAUCCAUCGAAUGCUUGGGACCAGCAAUAAGCGUCAUUAUAGACCUCACCUACCUUUACAUGCUCCCACCCGCAUUCCGAUCAUACGGCUGGUCUGAAAGCGACGUGGCCUGGGCGUUUUCCCUCAUAGCGCUCGGAGAUUUAUUUAUGAGGAUUUCACUAAUUUUACUCAGCAAGUGGUUCAAUAACUUUGGCAGCAGCAGGGUUUAUAUUGCCGGCGUCAUGCUGGCUUUCAUAACAAGAUUAGGAUUCGCAGCGUUCGACAAUGUGACCGUAGCACUAAUUCUAUUCACUCUAAUGGGUGUAUCUCGUUGUAUUCUCUUCGUAGUCUUAUUGUUGGUGAUAUCAGAAGCUGUUGGUCCGGAUAAAUAUAUAUCAGCAAUGGGAAUUUUCAUGAUGUGCGCUGGUUGUGCAAACUUGACCUUAGCGCCUAUAAUAGGAACAAUCAGAGAUUAUACAGAUAGUUACACAAUAGCGUUAAAUCUGAUAACUGGAAUUUUCGGAAUGAUUGGAAUAACAUGGAUUGGUAAACUAGUCUUCAGAGGAUUAAAAAACAGAAGAAAUAUAAUAUCCAGAAAAAAGGACAUGUCAUAA